CAUUUAUAUUAUGUGACAAGAUUGAAUAAAUAUUCGAAAAAUGAUCGGCAAAUGAUCAGUAAAAUUGUGAUAAAUAGGGAUGUCCGCUAUGCUGCUCCCUGGUUCGUAGAAGGACAAGGAGAGGAGCUUGCCACUAAUACGCUUGAAUAUUAUCACCUUAUCGGGUCUAAAAGUCUUGAUUUAUCUAGAGGAAGUCAUAUCCACAUUGUAAAAGGGAAGUUAAUAGGUUAUGGAGAUGAACUAUCUGGAGAAGAACAUGAGAAACUCAACAAGAAAAACCCUGGUAUGAUUUAUGCUCCUAUCAAACAAAAGUCAGUCGUAAUUAGAUUCUCUUCAACCGCAAAUGUGACCUUGAAGGAAUGGCAGGUGCACCUGCGAAUUCGAAAAAAAGAUGAUCCCACGAAUGAAGUUGCAAUGAUGGCCAAUGUCCUAUAUAGUCACACCCUUCGGGACCAAAAAAAAUUG